GUUUCAAACACAACAAAAAACACACAUUAACAACAAACUCUUUAAUGUUCAUGUCUGUUAUUACUUCUUCAUCACAACAAACUCAUCAAUUUCUUCUUAUUACCUCUCUUCUUUUUCUCAUCAACAAAAUCAAAAAAACCAACAAAAGAAUUGUAAUGGGUCUUUUACUAUCAAGGUCUUUGGCUUGUAAAUUCUUUUACCCUUUGCUUUUCUCUAAGAAAGUUCAUAAUGAUUUUUUCCCUCAACAAUUGGAGAAUAUGAUGUGUUUGGUCUCUCCUAGAACUGGUAGACAUUUGCAACGUUAUGAACAAGGAUGUCGUCAAGUUGUGGGAUGCAUACCUUAUAGAUACAAAAAGAAUGGAACCCAAGAAAAGGAAAUAGAGGUUCUUUUGAUAAGUGCUCAAAAGGGUAGUGGAAUGCAAUUCCCAAAAGGAGGUUGGGAAAAAGAUGAAACCAUGGAACAAGCUGCUUUGAGAGAAACCAUAGAAGAAGCUGGUGUUAUUGGAAGUGUUGAAAGUAAUUUGGGUAAAUGGUACUAUAAGAGCAAACGCCAACCCACUAUGCAUGAAGGAUAUAUGUUCCCUUUGCUUGUUAGCAAGGAGUUGGAUAAUUGGCCAGAAAUGAACAUAAGAAGAAGAAAAUGGUUGACUGUGGAUGAAGCAAAAGAAAUAUGCCCAUAUGCUUGGAUGAAGGAAGCUUUGGAUGAAUUGGUUAGUAGACAAACCAAUUCAAUCUAAGUUUUAGGUUGUAAAUAUUAGGCAUUCUCUCUUGCUUUUGGAAUCUACAAAGGGGUAGAACAGAAGCACUCAAAAGAUAUUAGGACAUAGAAAAUGUAAUCAAAAGUCAAGAAUUUGGAAACUGCAAAAGAUGAAUUUGUCAUUUGAGUUUGUUCAUGUUUUCAAAUUUGCUUGAGUUAGGUUCAGCAGUAAAUUAUGAAUUCUUAGAGUGUAGUUGAGGUCUAACCUUAGAAGUGAUCCACAGUAGAUGUAUAAAGUCAAUUCAUUCUUUUAUUCAAUCAUUCUUUGGUAAUGUAUCUAAUAAGAUAUAAGCUAUGUGUAAUACUCUUCUUCUAGUUUGUAGCUGAAGAUUAUACUUUCUAUCUAUUACUAUCUCUCACUUUGAUGGGCA